GGACGCCUCGCCGGAUCGCCGGAGACAGUUUGGCCAGUUGCUGGAGUCGACCCGGUGGGGAAUUUUUGCGAGUUAGAUUAGAAGGCGGGAUUGCGAUGGAGGAGUUGCUGGGCACGGAGAUCGGGAAGCACGACUACGACUGGCUUCUUACUCCUCCGGGAACUCCCCGUGCUCCUAAACUGGAGGUUGCUGAGAGAGCCCCACCCUCAAAUGUGCCUAAACGAAUUAUCACCAGAUCGGCCUCUACUACCAGAGCAUCAAGGCCUUCCAUUCACGAGGCAGAGAAUGGGCAUCCCACAAUUCCCACUAGACCAGCAAGAAGCUACUCUCGCCCUUCAAUUCAAUCUGCUCUCAUGUCUACCAACAAUAGGUCAUCAGUGCUCACUGCAAGCAAUUCUUCUGUCAGUUCGAGACCUACAACCCCUACCAAGAGGAUUAGCAUUGUUCCCCCAUCAAAGCCAUCAGCUCAAGCUUCACGGGCAGUGACAGCACGAUCAUCUACUCCAGCCAAAACUCGUCCGCCUAGUCCAGCCAAAACUCGUCCAUCUACUCCAGUCAAAAGCUCUUCUUAUGGUUCCCAGUCCAUGAAUAACUCAACUGGUGUAAAGAGCUUAUCUGCACAGAACUCAAGGUCAUCAACUCCAACCUCUCGUCCCCGAAUGGUUUCCAGCUCAUCAUCAAGCACUGGUCCUGCAGUGAGUCGUCCCAGCUCAUCCUCUGGUAGAAUUCCUGCAAUUUGCCGUACUAGCUCUUCCUCAAGUACAGCUUCAGUAAGCCGUUCUAGUUCUCGGUCGUCUACACCUACGCGCCAACCUGUCAUGCGCCCGUCAGCUCCACCCAUUGGUCGCUCACCAUCAGUUGGGCGGGUUUCUAGCAGCAGUAACUUAACAUCUGGUGGCCGAUUGAUAGCCAACCGUGGUCGAAUGUCAGCACCUUCGUCGGCACCAUCUUCAGCACCAUCAUCCCGUCCAAGUUCCCCAAAUUCACGUCUGCGAGCUCCGGUUAGGCCACUAGAUAUUCCAGAUUUCCCAAGUGAUACUCCACCUAACUUAAGGACAAAGCUACCAGAAAGGCCAUUAUCUGCUGGUAGAGCACGGCCAGGAAUUGGUUUGGGAGGCAGGUCAACCCCGAAUGCUGAACCAGUUACCUCAGCUCCUAUGAAGAAGAUGUCUGUGCCUGCUAUUACCCGAACUAAAUCUUCUGAUGCGCCAUCCAGGACAUCUUCUCUUACCAAUGGGCACCGAUCUGUUAUGGACAGUCAGCCUGCUAGACCCUCUCGGUCUGCCACAAGUGAAGACAAUGGAUUCGGUAGGACAAUAUCAAGGAAGUCACUUGACAUGGCUAUCAAGCACAUGGACAUUCGACAGAACUUGGGUGGCAUCCGUGGUGCAUCUCUGUUUCCUCAUAGCAUCCGGUCUUCUGCUGCAAAGGGUCGGCCAGCUCGAAUGUCGGAUCCUGGCCAUCACAACUCAAAUAGUGAGCAUGACACCUAUACCGACAAUGGCAGCAUCAACGGACACUUCUCUAGUGAUUCCAAUGGAGCUCUUUCACACUACGGUGGGAGCUCAACUGAUUCUCCAGAUAGAGAAAGCAUUGGAACUAGAGAGACAUCGAGUGAACUGGAUAUAUAUGGCAGUUCAAGGUAUGAGGAGAUGUUACUGAGGGAAGACGCUCAGAACACGGACUGGUUGCACAGCGUCGAUGACAAGUCUGACCAGAGCCCUGUGUUCGAUCACCGAUUUGAGCCACUCCCGGAGCCAUUUGGUCCACUAUGAUGUUUACCAUUUGUAAAGGUUUUGUCCAUAAUUAUGUUUGUUCUUUCCAAUUGCGAGGCUUUAUGCUUUUUUUAGAUGAAGCAAGAGCUUUAUUGCCUCACGUCCGUUGCGUUGAAAGAUACACACACCACGAUGAGUUGUAUUAUGUUGCCUGUUUCUGCUUGGUUUUACAUUUCCCCCAUCUUUUCAUAUAUCUGGUUGAAGAUAGCAAGAUUGUGGGGUUUUACUAUUUACCUCUUUAUUUAGAGACUGGAAGCUCCAAG